CGUCAUCACUCUGCGCCGGUCUAAAGUCAGCAGCCCAAGAAGGAGAGGAUCUGUGUUGCGGCGGCGGCGGCUGCAAAGGAGACUGAGCUGCCGCCAUGGGCGGAGGCGAUCUGAAUCUUAAAAAAAGCUGGCACCCACAAACCCUCCGUAAUGUGGAAAAAGUUUGGAAAGCGGAACAAAAGCAUGAAGCCGAACGGAAGAAAAUUGAAGAGCUACAACGGGAAUUGCAUGAAGAGCGAGCACGAGAAGAAAUGCAGCGUUAUGCAGAAGAUGUAGGCGCUGUCAAAAAAAAAGAUGAGAAGUUGGAAUGGAUGUACCAAGGACCAGGUGGCAUGGUGAACAGAGAUGAAUACCUUAUGGGGCGUCCAGUUGACAAGUAUGUCUUUGAGACAACAGAGGACAAGGAGGCCGGCUGUUCUUCUGAGACUGGCCUUCUGCCAGGCUCUAUCUUUGCCUCCACGGGUGCCAAUUCUGCCUUGGAUAUGGCUAGCAAGAUUCGGGAAGAUCCUCUUUUUAUGAUAAGGAAGAGGGAGGAAGAGAAGAAACGUGAUGUUCUGAACAAUCCUGUAAAAAUGAAGAAGAUCAAAGAACUGUUGCAAAACAGUUUGGAGAAGAAGAAGAAGAAAAAGAAAGAGAAGAAGAAGAAACACAAGAAACAUAGGCACCAUAAUUCCAGUAGUGGUGAAGAUGAAGAGAUUAAAACUAAGUCAAGGGAGAAAGUAGAACAUCUUCACCCCAAAAAAUUAGGAUAUGGAUUGCAAAUUCCUGAUAGUGGCCAUGAAAGGAUAUCCCGUAAACUCCAACAGAGUUUACGAUCAGAGCAACAAAGCCAUUCUCCUGAAAGGCAUGUCAGCAAGAACAUAAAUCAGGAAUCAAGCAGGCAUAAGAGAUCAAGAUCACCUAGAGAGAGUAAACAGGACAAUGGUAUGGAACAAAAGGCAAAAACAGAAUACAAAAAUUUUCAUAAGGAACACAAAUAUAGAAGAUCACAGACUUCAAGAAAAUUAUCUGCAGAAGAGCUGGAGAAGAGACGGAAGGAAAUGAUGGAGAAUGCCAAAUGGCGAGAAGAAGAAAGGAAAAACAAUGUAGACAAACACAGAAAAGAAGAAGAAAGAGAGCGAGCUCUAGAAAAACUCCGCCAGUCCAAUGGGAAGUUUAUACAUAAUAUAAAAUUGGAGAGUGCAUCCACUUCUUCUCUUGAAGACAGGGUGAAGAGAAACAUUCACUCUAUCCAAAGGACACCAGCAGCCCUGGAAAAAAACUUCAUGCAUCGAUGAAAUUGUUUUGUAUCCUAUCACUGGCCGGCCCACUAAGGACUUACGUUGUUGUUGUUUGUUUGUUUUGUUUUUCUGUUUGUUUUUUUCCUGAGAACCAACUGACCAUUCAAGAAAUCUUCAUAGGCCAGGUUAUUUUUUCUUUGGUCUUUAUAACACAGGAGAGUUCACUGUGAUAUUCUAUUACAAUGUUUUCAAAUUAAGAUACGUUAAAAAUGUAGUUUGAGAUACUCCUUUAGGCCAAUUUGUUAGAAAGCUCGGCCUUUUUCUUUUAUCAUAUAGUGUUAUAAAAAGGUUAUAUGAGUUUUGCUCUUCUUCCCGCUGAAAGGAAAAAUGGAAUUAAAAAACAAGUAAUUCUGUUAUUUUUAGUGAUAUUACAAAGAAAAAUUACAGAAGUUUUCAUUGUCUAGUAAUAAUUCCUCUGCCUUUCAUGUUCUGAAAUAUAUACUUGGGUCCAGCCUAACUGGGCUUAUGCUACUAUUUUUCAGAGUUUCUUUCCUCUCUGGAAUGGUUUACAUCACUUUAUUUGAUACAAAAUAUAUUGCU